AGAGAGAGAGAGAGAGAGAGAUAGAGACGGACAGACAGCGCGAACGAGAUUUAAAGAGAGAUAGAAGAGUAACGUUCGGCCCGCUCUCGGCCAAACGAAGAGUAGCGCGCACACUCCAGGAGGAUAUCCACGACAUCAAGAGAUACAAGUCUUAAAGUUGUCGAAUCGAGGGCGUAGAUAAAGCCUAAGUGAAAGCCAGAGGAAAGAAGUGAAAAUGGGUGCGCGACAGAGCAGAAGGUCCGUUGACAUAACGACAACACCGAAAAAGGAGGGUUUACCCACCGAGGGUGUCAUUGGCGAAGGCCCUGAAAACAUUGAGAAGCUGGGGAUGAUUGAAGAGGCGGACGCAAAGCCGACCUCGAAUGGUGUUGCACCUCACACGGAUACCAGCGACGAUAAGGACAAGGACAAGGACGAGGCUACCGAGAAAGACCAAGACAAGGAGAAACAGCCCGAGGAGGUAGCGGCCAAGGAGGAAGUGAAGACCGCGGAGCUGUCGGCAGGGGAAGCGAUCGCAGAGGUGACGGCGGAGGCUGCGCCGGCCGAGGUCACGACACCCACCACCGAGACUCCCGUCACUCCAGCCAGCCCCAACUCUACCGCUACGACACCAGACACCAAGGAAGCCAAAAAGAAGGACAAGAGCAAGAAGAAGUGGUCAUUCAGGUCGAUCAGCUUCAGCAGAAAAGAUAAGAGCAAACCGGUGCGCGAGGCUACACCGAAGAAUGGAGACGUCGCCAAGGAGGAGCCACUUACAGAGGGCGGUGAGGAAGCCGAGGCCGCGGCAGCGACGACAGGGGAGGCCAGCAGCCCCGACGACAAGUCCGUCGUGAGCAGUCCCUCGGAGGAGUCGAAGGAUGAGGCCAAGGAGAAGAGCCCGUCCGAGGAGGCCCCCUCCAGUCCCGUAGCCGCCGAUCCACCAGCCGAGGAGCAGCCCGCCACCAAGAAGGAGCAGUUACCGCCCGCCUCCGGCCCAGCUCCGGUCGAGGUCGUCCCAGUCCCCGCCACAGCCACAGCCACAGCCGCAGUCACCACCGCCGCAGCCCCAGUCACUCCAGCCGCUCCAGCCGCGCUCCCCGAGAGCAAAGACGAGAGCACCCCGGAGUCGGAGCCGGCCCCCGUCCUCGAGAACAACCUCGCGGCCAAGAAUGAAAUCCUGCCGAUGGAGAACGGCGUGGCUGACGAGGCCCCCAAGAGCCCCCCACCCGCUGUUCCCGUGGAGGCGCCCCAGACCGCACCCGCCAUCACCGAGGACGUCGCUUCAGUGACCAAGGCCAUUGAGGAGAUUGACAUAAGCGAGAAGGCUGUCGCUGCAGCUGUUAAUGAAAAUAUUGAGAGUGCUGGAAAGAAUGAAAUUGUCGCCGACUCAAUCCACCAAAACAACUUGAAUGAAUAAGCGCCGCUAACCGAAUUGUAUUUUGGGAAGAAGAAAGUUUUUUCUCUCGUUAAAACCAAAAAAGUAUAUUAUAUAGAAAUGUAUAUUUGGACCAUUCCUGCAACAAAACCGAAAAUGACGUUCUUUUGUUUCGAGCAGCAGCAGCAGCAGCAGCAGCA